AUGUUCCCGUUCUCCAAAAAACACGAGACCCCUGUCAGCACUUAUACCAACUCCUACCGCCUACCACGCUCUGUCAAAAAGACCAUCCAAGAGCAGGGUCCACAGCAGCUCUGGAAAGAAAACAAGUUUGUGACGCAGGGAUUAACAAUGCCCCCGGUGCAAAAUCCGGUGAGCCAAGGUCAGCCUGAGCAGCUGAUUAAGGCGGCAAUGCAGGAGUACUCCAGGAACACCAUCGACCCUGCUGCCUACUGGCUCAAGAACUGGCUGGCCAGGUCCAAAGAGAAGUACAACCCAGUUUUUGUCACAGAGGACAAAUAUAUCACCUGGGGAACAGGUCCCUGCAACAGCGCAGCCUGGAAUAAGCACUCCUCUUACCUCCCUCUCCUACCCAAGGAGACAAGGAUGGAGACCUUCCUACACAGCAUACCUGUGUUGUACACCUUGAAACCCACCUGCCUCAAUCAAUCUGAGAGGGCGGUGAUCACCGACAUGCUGCACCGGCUGCCCGUGUACACCGUGACGGGGAGCGGGCUCUUCCAGUGCUACUACAGCCCCUGCUCUGGGCAUCACUACUGCCUGCGAGGGAUGGACUGCUACCUUGAUGGGGCGCCUGCCAUCAGAAGGCAUCUCCACACACUAGGAGAGAGGGCUGAGUAUCCCGUGCUGCAGUUACAGCCCCAGAGCAAUGUUCUGCACACUUACCCAUCACCCCCAGCCGUCCUUGCCGUACAGGAGCCCUAG